UUUAUGGUUUUCACUGUAGAAAAACAACAUGGCUGCAGCUGAUACUCCUCAAACUCAGACCGGUGUUCCUAAAACCAGCAACGGCCCUGCUGGACAAUACGACAAGAAAUGCAUUUUCUGCAAGAUCGUCAACAAUGAAAUUGGCACGGAACUUCUCCACUGUGAUGAAGACAUCUCGUGCUUCAGGGACAUCAGACCGGGAGCUCCUCACCACUACCUUGUUGUUCCAACUCGACAUAUUGGUAACUGUAAAUCACUUAGCAAAGAACAUGUGCCACUGGUAAAGCGAAUGGUUGAAACAGGAAAAAAGGUUCUACAGAAAAACAAUGUGACCGAUCUCAGUGAUAUCAGGUUGGGUUUCCAUUGGCCUCCAUUUUGUUCUGUAGCACAUCUUCACCUUCAUGUCCUAGCGCCUGCCAGUCAAAUGGGCUUCACGUCUCGACUCUUUUACCGACUUAAUUCCUAUUGGUUUAUCACAGCGGAUCAGCUGAUCGAACUUCUUACCUUAAAAGAAGAAACAAGUUGAUGACUUCAGACCAUUUCUUGCCAUGCAGAUCCCAUUUUGCUCCACACACACCUAUGCUGCUGUCAGUAGGAACACAUUCAAUAACAUUUGCAGUAAAUAAGUGACCACUCCAGGCCAGGCUCUAGGUCGCACAGAGACUGUUGUGACUUGGAGGUAAAACAUUGUUUCCUUGCUGCUUGAGAUUUCUAGGGAAUUAUGUUGUUAUAAAUCAUGUGGCAAAAAGAUAUAGAUCUCAUGAUACCAAUUAUAUAAAAAAUUAUAUAGUUAAACAUUAACCCUAUACAGUUUAGGGACCAAGUGAUUAUUUAAAAUCAAUGCAACAAAGGAAACUGAAUUGUACUUUAUUGUACUUAAUGUUGAAAUCAAAGAAAUGUUUCAAAAUCUUACUGUGACAAAAAUGUCAUGAUGCACCUGGUUUCUUGCAUGUGAUGUUUUUGUCAACUGUAAAAAAUAAUAUUCUGCAUAAAAGUAUUGUGAAAACAUACAAAAUGAGCAGCUAUUUAUAAAAAGGCACACAGUGACACAUUCAUAAAUCAAGGCUGAGUGACAAUGAAAUGAAAGAGCAGUGAAAUCAAUGUGUUUUUUUUCCUCAUCUCAUGUUUGAUCUAAUGCAAUGUCUAACAGUGUUAUAAUACAAAGUAUAUGAGCAAAUAGAGGUUGUGCAUGUGAAUUAAAUACACUGUAAUUAUAUGGACUUUGACAAGUGCUAAUUUAAAGGUAAAUAAUUUA